AUGCAGCGAAUAGACGACACCGACCCUCGUAUAAGAUAUACCCCACCGAAAUCAUGGUUCACGGGUGGAAAUGCAGCUGAGUACAAUUCCACGACUCAUGGGUCGAAAACUGCAGGAGCUCAGAUGGUGUUUCACUUCACAGGGACAAAAGUAGACGUCUACGGCACGAUAAGUUCAAAUGUUGCAACCGUGCAGAACUUUGAUCUCUUUACACUCGAUGAUCAAGAUCCCGUACAGUGGUCUGUUUCUCCCCAGACAGCACCUGUCUACCACCAGAAGAUGUUCAGUUCUCCGAUCUUGCAAGAUGGUCCACACGUACUCACCUUGGAGCUCCUCGUUGACAAGAGUGGCACUUGGAUUGAUUAUUUGGAGUUCAUGCCAUCUCCCAGCGAGUUCUCGUCGUCACAAUUACCGCUUGGAACGACCACAACUAGUGUUGUGCGGGCUCGGGCUCAGGCCCUAGGCCGGCCCGAGCCGAGCCCUGGGCUUUGCAAGCCGAGCCGAGCCCGGGAUAAGGCUUUGAAGGGCUCAAGGCUCGGGCUUGCAGUUUGGAAAGCCCAAGCCUUGGGCCUGAGCCCGGGCUUCUAA